AUGAAGGAAGCAGCUUGCGUUGAUGAGCUUAAGACUCCUGAGGAGUUCAAAACCACCCGAAAUGACUGGUUUGUCAAAGAAACGAGGAGGAGAGGCAAGAAGCCAAAGAAAAAGCAAAAGAAAGUGGCUAAGACGUUAUUGAUUGAUGAGCCGGAGGUUGAAGAGCUGGUGGUUACUGUGGAAGAAGAUCCGUAUGCUGAUAUUGAUCAAGUGAUGUUAAAUGUUGAUGAUUUAGUGUCUGAGCAAGCAGCUAAUGUGGAAGCUGAGAAAGAGAAGGUCAUUGAUGAUGUUGAAGGUGUUGAUGUCAAUAAAAGUACAACAAGUUCUUCGAGUUCUUCUGAUGAAGAAAUAGAUGAGACUGAACGUCUAAGAAGAAUUCAAGAAGCUACAGAGAAAGAGAAACAAUUAAGGAAGAGGAGACAGGAGAAAGAUGAUGCUACAUACAUUCCAUCUCCUGAGCAUGUUUCUGAAUCACAAUCACCUUCAAGCGGCAAAAAGAAAGCAGGUGCAAAGAAAAGAAUUGUAUCUCCAAAAAUAAAGAAAGUUACUACAAAGAUUACAAAGCCCAAGAUUGUUUUGAAGAAGAAGACAGCCAAAGAACCCAGUAAACCAUCAACACCAUCACCUGAACCUAAACCAAUACAAUCACCAUCGCAACCAACACCUCCACAACAACCUUCACCACCAAAACAACCUACACCACUGAGACAACCUUCACCAUUACAUCUUUCACCACCACAUCUCUCACCACCACAACAACAAACCUUAUUCACAUCUCAAGAAAUAUUUCAUACACCACCACUCACUCAAAUUCAACUAACUCCUGGUUCUUCUGGUCUCAAAGGUCUUCAUAUUCCUCCAGAUAAUCUUGAAGAUAUUGGAGAUUUUGGCUUUGCAAAUGAUGAACAAGUAAAGAAGUCAGAAAAGAAGAUGGAUGAUGUGAUGAAUGAAAACAAAGUAGUUGCAGCUGAAAGUAAGAAGGUAGCUAAUAGAGAAAAGAUUCUCGAAAUGCGUGUGAAGCGAUUAGAGUCUGAUAACAAAGCUUUACUGAAGAAGAUUGAUACAGAUCAGACUGAGAUUGACUUUCUGAAAGUGCGAGUGUGCAGAGUUGGAAGAAGAGAAGGCUCACAGAGAUGA